CCGGGUUAGAAUGAAUAGCAGAGAAUUUCACUGCCUUGCGUUAUUCAGCAAAUGCAGAUCUCUUAGAACCUUGAAGCAAAUCCACGCUUUUACGUUCAAAACAGGCUUAAAUUCCGACCCAUUAGUCGCCGGCAAGCUUCUUCUUCAUUGUGCAGUUACACUUCCUGAUUCUGUUCGCUAUGCUGGACGCCUCUUCCUUGACAUUCGAAAUCCAGAUGUGUUCAUGUACAACACACUCAUCCGUGGACUUUCCGAUUCUGACACCCCCUCUCAUGCCCUUCUACUGUUUGUUGAAAUGCGUCGCAAAUCCAUGGCUUUACCCGAUAGUUUCUCUUUUGCUUUUCUGCUCAAAGCUGCCGCUAAUUGCAGGGCUCUCAGAAAUGGGUUGCAAUUGCAUCGCCAAGCUAUUGGUUAUGGUCUGGAUACCCAUCUUUUUGUUGGGACGACACUGAUCAGCAUGUAUGCUGAAUGUGCAAGUUUGGCCUUUGCACGGCAGGUGUUUGAUGAAAUGAUUGAACCAAAUAUUGUUGCUUGGAAUGCCAUUGUUGCUGCGUGUUUUAGGUGCGAGGACGUUAAGGAUGCAGAGCAAGUGUUCCAUCGGAUGCCCAUAAAAAACUUAACCUCGUGGAACAUCAUGCUUGCAGGGUACACAAAAGCAGGUGAGCUUCGGCUAGCCAGGGAGGUGUUUAUGAAAAUGCCUUUGAAAGAUGAAGUUUCGUGGAGUAGUAUGAUUGUUGGGUUCGCUCAUAAUGGCAGCUUUAACAACGCUUUCGCAUUUUUCAGGGAGUUGCGGCAGGAAGGGAUGAGACCAAAUGAGGUAAGCCUCACAGGUGCGCUUUCUGCAUGUGCACAAGCUGGGGCAUUCGAGUUUGGAAGAAUCCUACAUGGGUUUGUUGAAAAAUCUGGCUUUCUGCAGAUUGUUUCAGUGAGUAAUGCAUUGAUCGAUACUUACUCUAAAUGUGGGAAUUUGGAUAUGGCUCGUUUGAUCUUUGAUAAUAUGCUGGAAAGGAGUGUUGUCUCUUGGACAGCCAUGAUUACGGGGCUCGCAAUGCAUGGCUACGGGGAGGAAGCAAUCAGAUUAUUUAAUGAGAUGGAAGAGUCUAAUAUUAAGCCCGACGGUAUCACCUUUAUAUCCAUCUUGUAUGCUUGUAGCCAUGCUGGAUUGGUUGAUUUGGGAUGUUCUUAUUUUUCAAGGAUGGUAAAUAUUUACGGUAUUGAACCCGUAAUUGAACAUUAUGGUUGCAUAGUUGAUCUUUAUGGUCGAGCUGGUAAGCUGCAGCAAGCUUUUGACUUUGUGUCUCAAAUGCCAGUUUCACCGAAUGAUAUUGUCUGGAGGACACUUCUUGGAGCUUGUGGCAUUCAUGGUAACUUAGAACUGGCAGGGCAAGUAAAGAGGCGACUCUUCGAACUCGACCCCGAAAACUCUGGAGAUCAUGUUCUUUUGUCAAACAUUUAUGCAGUUGCGGGGAAAUGGAAGGAUGUUGCCACUUUAAGAAGAUCAAUGACUCACCAGAAACUUAAGAAAACUCCUGGUUGGAGCAUGAUUGAAGUCGAUAGAAUCAUGUAUAGUUUUGUUGCAGGAGAAAAGCAAAAUGACAUAGCAGAAGAGGCACAUCAAAAACUAAGGGAGAUAAUGUCGAGGCUGAGGAUAGAAGGAGGUUAUGUUCCAGAAGUUGGAAGUGUAUUGCAUGAUAUAGAAGUGGAAGAAAAGGAAGACUCUGUUUCACAGCACAGUGAGAAGCUAGCAGUUGCUUUUGGGAUGGUGAGGCUGCCAAGAGGAAGAAGUAUAAGAGUGGUGAAGAAUUUAAGAAUUUGCAGGGACUGUCACACUGUGAUGAAGCUGAUUUCUAAGGUGUAUGAAGUAGAAAUUGUGGUGAGAGAUAGAAGUCGGUUCCACUCUUUCACACAUGGUUCAUGUUCGUGCAGAGACUACUGGUAAUUAGUUGAGUAAACUAGAGUUGAAAUUAGCAUCCUAUGCUAGAAGGGAAAACCUGCAAAUAAGCUGAUAUCAGAAUCAAACCAGAAAACUGAUAACCUGCUACAUCAAUGGAGUUGCAACACAUCACUGGUCCUUGCAAAAGUUAGCAAGCCCAAAGAAUAUUGUUGAGUAAUAUAUUCUUUUUUGGAAGGUUACAAUCCUAGAAAAGGGGAAUUCAAUUCUAUAGUGCAGAAGGGGAGGUACUAGGUAUAAAUUCUGACCUCUAACUUUGGGAGAGUCGGUGGUCCAUUAGAGAUUGUCAUAUUGUGUUGUAGGUUUACGGAUGUUGAUCAUUGAAAUUGAAGUGCAAUAGGUUAAGAUAUUAGUCUUAUAUGCAUGCAACCAUGUGGUUCCACUUAGCGAUAGGUUUUGUUGGUAUUGCUGCUCGUUUCUACUUUUCAACAUUUUUCCGCUUCCAUAUUUUGUUUAUGUUCUAGCCUCUCUCACCUUGUCAGUUCUUGUGGUAACUUCCCACCUUCUAUAAUCUGCUUGUGCCUGGCCUCUCGUAUCUCAUAUACAUCCUCUCAAAAUAGUUCUUCUUUUAGAUUUUGCAUUUCAACAAUAUUUUCAGUUCAAAACUAACAUUUUCUAGUAUCAAAGCAAAAAGAGGUACUACUUGCAUCAGGAGUUGGUUUGUGCUAGGGUUUCAUCUUAUGCUGGUCGAAUGCAAAUGAAGGCAUAAGUUCGUGAUCCACAAUUCACACCUCUUUCCAAACAUCAAACCAUCCAUUAUAGAGAGAAUUGAGAAGGCCCUAAUAUUUUCCUUAUUGUUCCUCUUAUGAAGUGCUGAGUGUGGCAGAUGGGCUGUUGGAUUAAAGCUUUGGUUAAAAGACCUCUGGUUGUGAGUAGAGUGUGUCACGGUCAUGCUUGUCCAAAACGUGUUGUCCAUGGCCACUUUUCGUUAGAGGCCAAAACUCUUGUCUCAUACCACUU